AUGGAGAGAGAAACUUCCAAGUGUAACGAUUCCCCUGGGGGAUCCUGGCCACAGCAGGGUCGUAGCAUAAGUGCCAAGAACCCAGCUCGUAGCCAAACUAAGAAAACCGAAAAAGACUCACCAAUAAUAUUCGAACAUGAGAAGGAGAGAAAUAAAAGUCUCCGUAAUUAUUACAAAAAAAUAGAAAAAUACGGGAAUAGAAAAAAUGGAUUUGGACAAAAUAAGGAAGAAGUGAUAGAUGUCGAUUUUCAAAAAGGGACAACACUAAAAAUGGGGAAUCCCUGGAAUAGUGUAGAAGCGAAAACGAUGAAUGGUAACCAUAUCAACAUUGAUAAGGUCAGAAGGGAUCAUACUAUUUACAAUUCCAUAGGUGAUAUGUACAGAGCUGUCUACGAACAUAAGUAUCCUAAGGGUAGACACCCAUUAGUGUUUUCACGACAUGUGUCUGUCCCAAAUAUGGUAAUGAAUGACUCCAACCAUUUGAUUGGCACGAAUGAAAAAUCACGUAGGCUAUGUUACAAUUCUAACUUAUGUUUUUCAAGGCAUUUUUUCAAGGGAGGGAAUACAAAUCUAAACCUUAGUAGAGGGUACACAAACUGGGGGGAAAGGACGAAGCGAAUUUUGCCUCAUCGGGAUAGGUUCAUGUGGAGGGAACCUGUUGUGGAUGGGGUUCCAACAAACUCUGCCAAUAUAAUCAAUGGUGCCGGAAGAAUCAGAGAUGAGAACCACCAUACUGUUUUGUGUCAAGUGGAUUCACCAAGAAUGAACACAUGUGGUGCAUCCUCCAAUGCUGUUAGUUGUAGGGCUGGUGUUCCCCGUUCUAUAUAUGGUAUUCAUCAUGCAGACCAUGCUGAUGUGGAUGAUAACGGCACAGACGUUAAUUUUUUUUUUCAAAAAUUUCUCAGGGAAAGCAGAGCGCGCCGAUCUCAUUUCGCGCAAAUGAAGGAAGAACAACAAAGGGAGAGAGGAUGUGCCCAACGAAUGGAAGGCAAUACGCACUGUGUUGUUACAGCGCAUCCACUUCGUACAACCCACCCCUCUUCCCGUGGGGAUAUUUUAGACCUCAAAAUGAGAGGAACCAUGGCUAACCAUGUAGUUGACAUGGAUCCCUCUCCUUUUGCACCAAUGCACCGAGAUAUCCAACAGAAAACGCGUCUUCAAUGUUGCGCAAAGAGACUGCUUAACAAACAUGCAAAUGAAGAAGCGUUUCAUAUCAUGGAGAAAAAAACCCAUGAUAAAAAUAUGGGCAUGUUGGAUUGUCAGAAUAGGAUAUGUACCCCCCUGAGGAUAAGUCCACAUUUCGCAUAUGUGGAGAGUGCGCACAUUCGUAAAGAUACACUUGGAACUAACAAAAUCAUUGUUUUCCCAACUAGGAACAAAAGAAGAAAAGUAGAAAUGAAUGAUACUUCGCAUAGAAAACAAUGUGAUGAGCAUCCUAUUAUUUCGGAUCUGUGCAAAGGAUGUUAUGAGGGAAGAGAGUUUCCAUUGAGAGAGGAAGGUAAUAUAAGGAAGAAAGUAGAAAUGGAGAGGCACCUACGUGCCCACCCUUCUUUGGGUUCUUUCCACGUAGUAAACCAAAACGUUCAUGACAAUUAUUUGGGAAUCCAAGUACAAAUGGAGAAUGGAAGGGAAAAAAUGCAGUGUGGGAAAAACAAAUGUACUGUGCGUUGGUCUCCCCCUGCCAUGCCCGGCGGAGAAGUCGCAUCCCCAUCGAAAUGGGACCAUCAGACGGAAGACAAUAGAAAGGGCACCGACGUAUACUGCGAUCGAAUCAACAAUCAGAAUGAGGGUUGCAAGAAGAAUGUACACUUGGGGAAAAUCGUGCAGAAUUGGCGAGAUAAACUGCCUGCCGUCUCUGAGAUCCUCCCCAAACACAACAAAGAAGAAACCAACGAGGAUGAGUGCAGUUUGGUGAGGAAGGAAACGGAGAAGACAUUAAAAGGGGAUAACAAAUUUUACCAGAACUGUGGAUUAUUCAGAAAUUUUGUCUUUUCUUUUAAGAAUCCACACAGGGGAGGGGAAAAGGAAGGAAAAAGUGAAAAAGGUGCAGAGGCUGAAAAGGGUGAGAAGAUCGAUAAGGGUGCGACGAUGGAAAAGACACCAAAGAAAUACAAGAAGAUGAAAAACGAAAAGCACUCCCUGCCAAGCAGCCAAGCCCAAUACAAAAAGUUCGAAGAGAAAUAUUUCUCGGAGGACCAAAUAUCAAGUGACUUUCAAUGGAGAGAAGUGGACGGAACGAUUUCUUCUCACGCGCAGGAUUUUCUGUUUUUCGAUGAGGAAGACCUGCAGAUGGUUUCUCUAGAUGUGCUAGAUCACAGCGCGGUGAGUAUCAGCUCAAGCGGGAGUAGCGAUGACACAAGUGGGGGUAAACCUUGCCACUUCUCUCGGAAGGGAAGAAAUCAAGUGCGCCAAAGCAGAAAUGAUGGCGAACAUAACAACACCCUCCUCAAAAAUCAGCAGGAGAAACUCACCUCUCAGAACGAGCAGAAGAUAUACACAAAGGAGAGAAACAACAAAAUUGAAAGAAACAAUAGCAGUACCCACAAGAGAGAUGCGUCACAUGGGAGCCAUCCAAGCAGUGCAGACACAGUUACAAACAGAGGCAACGUGAAGCAAGUGACCAAUGGAGAGAAGUAUCACCAUGGAGUUAGACAAGGAGAAAAAGCCCAGGGAAAGAAAAACAAAUAUGUUAUCAUGUAUGCUAAAAUUAUGAAUAUAAGUUAUGAGUAUGGUGCAGAUGUUUUGAAGCAGUUCAGCCACCCCGCGGUUAACUUGUUUAAUACGAACAAGACGCACAUCGUAAAGAAGAAGGAAAAGAAUAGGAGGGAGGUGUACGCGUACAUUGACGGAGAGGAGGAGUUCGGGGCGGUUCAUCAAGUGGGACAUUCAGUGAAACAUGCAGUGGAGAAAAAAAUGACAGACGAAAUGGUAGAAAAGAUGGCGCAAGAAAUGGCAGAAGAAUUGGUACAUGAAUUGGGAACCCCCGGGGAAAAAAGAAAACGCAAGUACACAAAGAAGCAAGAAGAUCCAGAGACAAAAAAAAAAAAAUUUAUUAGCCACAAGAUAAAAAGACACCUCCUUUGCAUUAAUGCGAGAAUCGUAAUCAAGGAAUGGUACAUUGAUUAUGGAACGUCAGCCAGCAUCACCCCCUACAUCUAUGUAGUAUCUGAGAAUGAUAACCGGUACAAGCUAGACAGAGUUCACGAUAAAUAUUAUUCCACCUUCACCAAUGUAAGACUGAAGUUUGAAGUUACCACCAGAAUUGUAAAAUCUUUGCAGGCCUAUCCAAACAUUACAUACAAGGAACUAGUGGGCCACUUAACGCUGUACGAGUGUAUUAGCAAAAAGAUGAGGAAGGCAAAGGAGGGGUUAAUAGAAAGAGAGGAUUUGAUGUCACCCACGUGGAACCAGCGUACCAAUCGUGGCGGGAAGCCGAAAAGGAAGAAAAAGAAACAAGAAAAGCAAGAGACAAAGUAUGGGAUGACUGGAGAAAGAUGUCCAUGGGAUAGUUGCGGAGAAGACGAUUUGGCAUCAUGGCGAAUACACCCAAAUGAUUGCUACCCCUUGUUGGAUGAAGAACUUUCGAAGAUGGAAGAACCGUGUGAAAAAAAAAAAAAAGAAAAAAAAAGGAAGGAAAAAAAAAAGAAAGAGGAACCCCCCAUCGUUAGUGUAAGCUUGUCCGAAUAUAGUGGAACAGGUGUACACACCAUGCCAGAUGGAACGAUCAGUAAGAAAUGCACAUGGGGGGCACCGUACGCUGUGUAUAAGUGCAACAGCAAGGUCAUUAUAAGAUUAUACAAAUUUAUUAAAAACGAAAUGAAAAUAUUAACUCAGGGAUUCAAUGUAAAAUGCUUGUUAUGUACUCCUUUCAUGAAGAUCCUGGCACAGAAAUUUAAAUUUGAGAAUAAGAAGAAUCAACAAAUGAAGAAGCUAACAAGAGUGUGUUCUCUUUCUGUGAACAACCAGGUAUGUUCAGAUGCUCUGCUAGACUGCCACGAAAAUGGAGAACUUGAUAGCUCUGCGAAGAAGAUGGCUCGCUUUUACCUUAUUAGAAGUUUCGUGGAGAGGCAAAAGGGGAACGCAGACAAGUAUGAGUCCUCAUGUGGAUGCACGGAACAAGCAAAGACAGAAGAGAAGGAGGAGUUGGGUAGGCAACAUGUGCCUCUGGGAGCUGGUGAAAUUGACUUGUCCAGUGUAUGUCCCCACGGGGGGAGAACCACUCAAAGGGAAUCUCCCGCAAGUGUAGAAAAAAACACCUUGGGAUGUCAUAAUCAGGAGAGACAAUCCGCAGAGGGGGAAAAUCACACGACCAAAAAUGAAUCCAAAUAUGCAUUAAAAAGUUCAUUUGAAGGGAUGCAAGUACCCACCAAAUAUUGCACUUGCGACACCCCGCGUGAAAUUUCUUCUCCCCUGGAUUUGAUUAACCCAUUGAAACACGAAUCGGUGCUAAAAAUAUGGGUAUUCCUUUGGACAUAUAAACAAAUGACAGAUUCCAAAAUAACGGUUAGCCAACUGAAUGAGGAACUCGUACAAAGAAAAAGUACCUUUAGUAAAGAAAUGACUGGACAAAUCAUUCUACAAAGGAUACUAUCGAAUGAACAACUUUAUAAAAGUGAGAACCUUGUUUCAGGUCUCCAAAAUAUCUGUGGUGAGAAAAAACACAUAACGUUAGAUGGUGUAACAAGUGGUCAAAGACACAAUAGCUGUAUAGAUGAAAUGAUGAGGGUAAUACUGCUUGUACUGUACAGGUCUCUACGAAUUGAUCGGAACAGAAGAAGCUGUUCCAUGGUGAACAAACAAAAUGGUACUUUUAGGAACGUGGGUUCAGGGACCAACCCUUCCUCUUACGAUAUUUUCGAUCAUCUAGAGGAUCCUACGCUAUGUGAAAUUUUAAAUUUUCCAAUUAUGAAAUUCUUCACUAGGGGUGAAAGGAAAAGAAGGAGUGAAAAUAAUAUCUCUGGGGAGGAAAAAAUAUUUCCAUGGAAUGGAUCAAGGGAUAAUGAGGGCAUGAAGGGAAAGGACCCGCCAAAAGAGAACUCACAAACUGAACAAAAAAACAACAGAACAUGUAGUACAAGAGGGAAAGUAAUUGAAGGGGAGUAUUCACCAGAAGAAGACAAAGAGGAGAAAAAAGAAUGUGCCCACAUGAACAACACAGAUGAAGAUAUCCAAGCGAUUCGAAAAAAUAACAACCAUAAGACAAUUAUUAGAAGUGAUGACCAUCCCCUAAAUUUAAUCCUAUACAAACGAGACGUUAAGAACAAUUCUUAUGGAAAAAUCUUGUUAGAUGUUUUAACAGAAAGAAAUGAAAAGAAAAAACUUUUCGAUCUUUGUGGAGACAUGAGAUUAUUGGACCAUUUAACAUGGCCACUUUAUUUAAAAAAAUGCCUUUUUAUGUUGCUCUACGUAAUGAAUCACUCUUUUCUUGUUGAGUAUGAUGACAGAGAGGAGUCGGAAGAAGAAGACUCAAGUGAAUUAACUCCCAAUGGACAGAACUAUCCUUCUGGAGAGAUGAAUUUAUCAUGCAGACGAUGUGUUUCCUCCAUAGACAAUGAUAAUUAUGACGAGAAUGAAAAGAUAGAAAGAAAAACCAUCUCUGAAUGUUGUAGAGAAUUACAAGAUGUAAAAAUGAAGAGGUAUAUACUGAGUUGGGUUCCAAAUGAGGAUGAUAAUUUUGAUAGGGAAACAUCUUGUAGAAAUGAUAUGUUAGCCAUUUUGGAUUUCCUCUGUGAAGAAAAUGCCACCUUUGAAAUGUUAAGUACAAAUCAGAAAAUGGAUCUUCUCAGUUUUUUUAUAAAUGCAAUAAAAUGUAGUACUGUUGAACGUGAAAGAGAAAACGGUGAAGAAGAGCACUUGAAAAAGGUAAAUAGAAGUGUCGCUCUGGAGAAAAACAUGGAAGGUACAUCUAGGAGUGCGUUAAAUAAGAUUCCAUCUACUGACAUACCUACAAAUGGAACACCAAGCAAUGGAAAAUCUGAAGUGAACAAGGAACGAGAAGACAUAAGGAGUAACCACUCAGAUGAAGAAAGAAGCUAUGUCGAAGAGGUGGGUAAAUAUUUUAACGUUAAAGUACAUCUCCUUGGAAAGGAUAGACACUGCAACAAGUACUACAUUUUUGGAGAAAUCCUCGGGUGUACAGAUUGUAUAUAUGUUGAGUCCGUCAAUGAAUGUGGACCUGUCCAUGAACCCCCUCCAAAUGAAUCGCCAGAUAGGAUAAAGAACCCACACGAAGAAGGACACAUCACAUCUACACCGAAUAACCAUUUCCCCGGAGACUUAAACCCACCAAAAGGGAGAACCCAAAUUGGCUACAUUGAAGGAGUCGAUAACAUAACUCGUUUUGUGGAACUUUUUUCCCCUUCAUCCGUAGAAGAAACGGAACUGAAAAGGAAACUCGUUCAGUUGAAGAAGGCAUUAGUAACAACGUGUCAAGUGGUCCAGGUGGAGAAUCCAUCAGAAGAAAGUGCCAGUAUGAAAAAUCCAACCAAUGGUAACAUAUAUAUAGAGGGAGAAAAAAAGAACUCAAACAGGGGUUCAUCGAGAGGAGAAAACCAAAGUGCACAGGAGGAAGUGAAUUUGUCCACCAACAUACAGUAUAAAAAUUGUAAAAAAUGCCGCGAAGUAAGGAAGCAGGAGAAAAGGAAAGAGGUAGCAGAACAGGGUGACAAAUGCCCAAUAGUGAAGGAGAACAUAGGAAAUAAGCACAGAGAUGUGUAUCGAAGCGGAGAGGGAGAAUCUCAAAAAAAUAUAAGGAAAUCCCCUUCGGAUAGUGAAAAAAUUAUGUUGGACCAGAUACUCUGUGUGAUGGAAAAGCUGCUCUAUUUUGUAAAAAAAACGAAAAUGGUUUUGAACGAAUGCAUACAAGAAAAAUUUGGGAAGUUGGUAGACAACUUCAUCCUAAUGACGAUAAGGAUAUUUGUAAAGGAUAAGCUAAGGAAUAAUCUUAGUUUAAUUUUUAUAGAUUUUGUAGAUGUGAUGGAAAAUAUAGAAACAUUUUUUUUCCAACACCCGUAUUGUUUUUUUUUGAAGAAAAGGUGGAGAAAAGAGUUGCGAAAAUUAUGGGAAAACGACAUGCAAUUUUUGAAGUGUCUAUUUCGACGAGGCCUCAAAGACAUAAACGUUUUGGAUGUAGUUCCCACAUUGUGCUUUUAUUUUAAUUAUUUUGUAACCUACGGGUUGAAGGAAAAAGCUAUCCACAUGUACAGGAAAUACGGCUUGACUGGGAUGGUAUCCGAGUUGGAGGAUUUAGGCGGGGGGGCUACUACUGCUCAACGUAAGUUACAAACUCUGAGGAAGGUUCGAUCCAUGCUGAAGGGUAGUCUUGGGGUUGCAGCCAAGGGAUCGAGAGAGGACAUCCAAGGAGAUACUGAGGUAUGCCCUGAAAAUUGUUUCCAGGACGAAAACAUAAGUGAUGUACUGAGCGAUAUAUGCGAACUUCUGCCCUACAAGGUAGACGGAAGGUACAUAUAUUUCAAGGAGGGACAUUUAAAACACAUGGAGAUACUUUUCAACAAAAAUUUGUUUUUUUCAGAAGGGAAUAAUUUAGAAAAGAUAAAUACUACAGAGAUCGUCGAGGUGAGGGAUAUAAAAAUGUUUUUGAUUCCAAAGGGAGACCUAUGGAAGUUGGGAAAUUGGAAAGAGGGUGCCUCUUCGGGGGAAAACGUAGAAUGUACACAGAAUGGAAACCCGAAGGAAAUGUCUACAGAUUUAUCGGAAAUCAUACGAACAGACCAAACGAAGGAAAACGGUCUAGGAGAAGAAGCGCAGACAAGAUAUUCUCUCAAUGGAAAGGAAGAAUUAUCAAACGAAACGAACAGAUCAGCUACCUAUCAUACAGAUUACUACAUAUUGCGAGAAGGGUUAUUAAAAAUUAAGGAAGCAGUGGAAAGGAAAAAAUGGGGCCCGCCAAAUAAAUAUAAUACAUUGUAUUUGAAACCAAUGGAACAGUAUACAAAAGUUUUAGAGGCACAAAUGUGUAGUAGUUUUUUAAGUCCCAAUUUUGGGACAUUCGUAGAUGUAAAAAGUGAGGUGAUGAGGGAGGUAGGUACUGGUGAAAAUAAAAUCCGGGGAGCACCCUCCGUGCAUUGCAAGAAGCAAGAGGAAACCUUCGUCUAUGUGUGCCAACUGCAUUGUGUAAUAUAUCCACGUGAUGACCUAGAGGAAGGUAGUGAAGAAUAUAUGAGGCAGAUACAAGAACCAUACGUUCUAUGCGAAAGGUACAUUUACGCUCAGUGGAAGUUCCUUACUCUGAACUUAUGUUUUACCGAAAAUAUGCACACCAUUUUUUAUAUCUUUCCCUUGAGUCGAUCGGCUCUUUCCUCUCCCUGUUGGAGUACUCCCAUGUGUACACAAGGAUGGAUGACCGAAGGGACUUCAAAUGCGGAAUGA